AUGAAAAAGAAUCAAUUAAUUGCAGAACUUGAAUCCAUCCAACAUCAUUUAAAAUGUGAAUAUGAAAAAGAACUUGAAGUGUAUUGCCUAGGACACACUUAUCAUGUUGAAUGUCUUGAGCAUUGCCUUCCAUAUGCUUUUGGACAAUGUACCAAUUCCCAUAUUUCUAAUUGUAAACAAUGCAAUAAGAUAUCAAAAUGGUUUCAUCAAUUAAUGCAGGUUAUGCCAAAUGAUUUAGAACAAAUUAUUAAUAACAGAAAUAAGCUUCAGUAUUAUUGGUCACAUCAGGCAAGAAAGACAUACCUUAAUGCUCAAUUUAAUGCUAACUUGCUUUCUCUUGAUGAUGAGGGUGCAAUCAUUGUAAGAUGA